AUGCAGAAUAUAGUUAGCGAAACCAAUAAAAGCUCAGAUAAGAAUCUGACAACGACAACCUUUUCUACACCACAAGUAAACAAAGCAUUAAAUAUGGUUACUCCCAGUACAGGUUCAACGAUAGAUGAAUCGGACACGGAGGAAGUUGUGGUGGAAGGAGUAGCUGCCGGAGUAUCUGCAAAUCCUCUUAACAUACCAAGUUCCUAUACGCUAACUUUAAAUCCAACAGUUUCAGGUGUAAAAAACGGUGGUUAUUUAUCAGGAGCUUCCUCGGAUUCAGCAGAUUCUGAAGCCAAAAGGUUGAGAAAAAAGUCACUACCUUAUUAUGAAUCAGUGGGCCGUUCAUUUAGAAUUCUUGCCGAAGAAAGAGGCUGGAAGAAUCCCGACAAUUCAAUAUUUCCGAUAUCUGUAGCCAACCUCUGUAAUUACGUUCGUGUUAAGAAGGAUACGAAUAAUUCUAAAAGCGUGGAUUGGUAUAUCGCGGCUCUCAAGAAGUACCAGGAACUCGUAUUGAAUGUCAAGGAUUGGGAUGAAGUCCGAAAACACCCAGAAGUUAAACGAUUGAUGAGUCAGAUCAAAGUUGAAGGUAAUUCAAAGAUCGUAGGUGAUUCGUCUCCAGUGACUCCUAGUGGGAAAGAUAAGGGUAAAGGGAACGGAGAACAAUCGAUCAUUGAGAUCAAUAAAAACAAUUCAGAGUUCCCCCAUUCGAAUAAGGUUAAUCCACAGUUUGGGUCUCAUAGCAAUUUGUCUUUGCAAACUUUUUCUUCGACUAAUAAAUUUCCUGGACCUGCUGAAACUGCACUUGCUUUACUCGGUCCUUUUAUGGUCGAUGAUGAUUCUAUUGGCAGGAAGGAUCCCAUUUUGUCGAAAAAAUUAGUUGACGAAACACUUGAUUUCGAUACUCCGAAUUACGAACCUUCCACAUCUAAAUUUACCUCUCGUUUAGUUGAUCCAAUGGUUAUAUCCGCCUCAGAUGACGAUGAAGAUUAUCUUCCUCCUAUUAAAAAAUCAUCACGUGGUUAUAUUCCUGAUAGAAAAAGACGUCGAAAACGACACUUAGACUCAGAAUCACAUUCAGAUGAUGAUGAACCCGAAAGUUUUAAAUCUCGUUUUGAAAACGCACUAGGCGUUCUCAAGUCGAAAUACGUGGAUGCCUGUAAAAAUCAUCCAAAUGGUUGUUGUACAGUUAAAACUGGAAAACAUUUCGUACUGAAUGAUAGAUUGCUUCGGCGUUGGGCUUCAUUAUGCGCUUCUGGUGACGAUGUAAAUGAAGAUUCAUUGCCAUAUUCAGAUGAAUUAGAAAGGGAUUUCUCUGAACUUAAAGCAAUUCUCAUUUAA